CUCACGAGCCAACACUAGUCCCUUGCGGCGCAGUGUCAAACAUGGCGCCUGGAGCGCUGACAAUAGGCCAAUCUCCCUGACGGUGGGUUGAAGCCCAAAUGCAGUCAAGACAAGACGUUAUUGAGGGGGAAAUGAACGUAAUACGAGUGCUCCGUCUCCAUUGACACUUGCAACAAAAACAUUUGCGGAGUACUGUCGACUGGAAUAAGGAAGGAUGUUCCAGCAUUGUGAGGAGCCUCGCUUCACCAUUGAGCAGAUCGACCUCCUCCAGAGGCUCAGGAGGACAGGCAUCAGCCAGGCAGAGCUACUCCAUGCUCUGGACACGUUAGACCACCUGGACCGCCCUCACAGACGCCCCUCAAAACACCACCUGUCUUCCGACGCCCCGCCUUCGUCUUCCAGCACCGCCACUCAGACGGUCUUCUCCUACGGCCGUCUAUCGCCAAGUAGCUUUGAUGUAACCUUGCCCGUAGCCAUGGCAACGGUAGCUCAGACCAACGGGAAGAUGUCGCCGCUGACCAGGUUUCCUCUUGUGGGCGGCGGCUCGGUGGGCUUCGGGUUUGAGGCGGGCGACGACGACGCAGAUGUCGACGAGAAAGUGGAAGACUUGAUGAGGAGAAACAGCAGUGUCAUGAAGGAGGAGAUCAAAUGCUUCCUGGCCAGCAGGCGUAUCUCCCAGGCCGUGGUUGCACAGGUGACGGGAAUUAGUCAGAGUCGCAUCUCCCACUGGUUACUGCAGCAAGGGUCCGACCUCAGCGAGCAGAAGAAACGAGCCUUCUUCAGAUGGUAUCAGCUGGAGAAGAGCAACCCUGGCGCUACAGUCGCCAUGCAUAGCGCCCCGCUGACUCUGGAGGACGUGAUGAUGGACUGGCAUCAGGCCCCGCCCACAUUCGCCCCUGCUCCAGGGGGCUUUCGCCUGCGCCGGGGGAACAGAUUCACCUGGAGGAAAGAGUGUCUGGCCCUCAUGGAAAGCUACUUCAGUGACAAUCAGUAUCCCGACGAGGCGAGGAGGGAGGAGAUCUCCAUGGCUUGCAACGCAGUCAUUCAGAAACCAGGAAAAAGGCUUCUGGACUUUGAGAAGGUGACGUCUCUGAAAGUGUACAACUGGUUUGCCAAUCGCCGCAAGGACAUGAAGAGACGUGCCAACAUCGAAGCAGCCAUCUUGGAGAACCACAGCAUCGACGUCCAAAGUCCCGGAGGUCAGUCCAACGGUGACGAAGCGGACGGCAACGAUGAGCAGGUUCCCACGUUGAUGCCCAGCUGGGUGGCCGCCCUGGGUCGAGGGGCAGCGUCCGGGCCGACGGGCUGCUCCCUGACUGGCCUCCAGGACGAGCAGAGUCUGGAGAAGGCGGCGAUAGAUGGAGUGGACGGGGCCGGCUUAACGUUGGUCGAUGACAUCAAGACGGAGGUGACGGAAGAUGACUGAAAAUAGGUGACGUCAUGUAUUUGAAUGCAAAGAUUUGAGCAGAAGCCCAAAUAGCAACCCGCUCAACGAGGGUUCACCAUGACCGAUAUGACGUUCGUCACACUGUGAUCACAACGGUGCAGCCUCAAAACCAAAACAAAGCUUUUUUUUUUUUUUCUGACGUUGCAUUUUCGUGGCGUACCAAGAACAAAACGAAGGUUGCGUCUUGUGACCUGACAACAGCGGAAGCUGUCACAACGUACUUUUUAGAGACAGUUAAACCACAAACAAUUCACAGUAUUAAUAUUAAAAAAAUAAAUCUUCAAAUGAGUUUUAAAAUUGGACAGAUAUUUAAAGGGAGGUCAUUCCAGACCGGCACCUCAUUUUUGUUUUGUUCUCAAACGCAACAAUAACGCAACGGCCUUUCUUUGUCCCCAUAACCACUACGAUGUCACAUAUUAAAAAUAUGUAUGACUUUAUAUACUAUACAUGUUUGCAUAUUAGUAUAUCCUAUAUAAUAUAAACUGUGUGGGUGCCACAUUUUAAUUCCACAAAAACGUGUUUCCAUAUUCCGAAACACAAAAGGAGCUUCCGUUGACAGAAGCCUAAGUGUUAACUUGUCAAAUGUAUGUUUUUGUUUCGACACAUCAAAUGUGUGGAGUCACUCCAAAAUGUCCCGUCAUCAUUUUUAAUUUUUGCCUUAUAUAUGUUUGAAUCACCAAGUGUUGAUUCUUUGUUUAUAAAGCUGCUUUAUUUCCACUCGGUGGCCACGUGUAGCUGCUGGAAAUGUUUCUAAAACAAAUUGUAAAAGUUUUAAUUAAGCAUUGUUUCACUAUUUUCCUCUUGUUGGCCUAUUUCAACACUUUUACAAUCCACUAUGAAUUUGCAUUUAAGUGCCUCCUGUUGUCUGUGCUGUUGCUGCAAAGAUGACUUUUAUGAUGGCUCUGAAAUGUCCAGAUUCCUGAAACACUACCGCAAAUACCUCAGCUUUUAAUCCCAUCGGACCUGGAACCACCCCCAUAAGGUCAGACGAUGGUACGUUCAACAAAACCGGGCCAUCGUAAAUAGCUAAUGUUCAACCCGUGUUGCAGUCAGAGAGGAAUGCAGCUGACCAUUAAGAGUCAAAACAGGGGCGGAGCCAAAGGUUUUUCAGCGUGGUGGGAAACCUUGAAACCCUAAUGAAAAACCCUAACCCUAAUUUGAAACCCUACCCUGUCUGUUUUAGGUGCACACCUAUUUCAAAUCAUCAUUUCAUCAUCAAGCUUUGGAAAAGCUGAUAACAAUUCUGAUGAUUUGAAUCAGGUGGGGAUGCAUUUUGAAACCCCAACACUAAUUAGAAACCUUACCCUACUUUGAAACGACAAGCAUCAAAUCAAAGGGAACUGUAGCUCAUUAUUGUAAUUUGUUAUAGUCUGAUGGAGAGAGGUAGUAAAGGGAAGCGUGACUGACAUUGAAUCAAUUGAUCUGCAGCCCAUCAGUACUCCGUGGUGACAUUUAGGAGCUUUUCUAUCACAGGUGCUCUUCUCACAUAGUUUCAAGGUGUGUGUGUGUGUGUGUGUGUUGCCUUCAGGUCAGGUCUGUUCACUUGACUUUUACUUCCUUUCAGAAAAUCAAACAAAAAUUGCUGUAAAAAGUGACACUGUGGAUUCAUUUUGUAUGAAUGCACAUGGGGAAAAUAAGGCUGGGUUGGAAAAUGUGUGUUCUUUAGGCAAUAUGGAGAAAAAUAUGUUUAUCAUAUAUAUCUUGUUUUGUUCUUUGUUUUCAGUGCCUUGUUUGAAUGAUCAAACGUGUCAAAAAAAAUACAACUAAUUGUACUGCAUUGGUUUCCAUUAGUUGCAUGACUAUGAUUUGUUCUAUUUUUACAGUUUUUAUGCAUUAUUGUUUUUUAUUCUAUUUACAAGGGAAUUAAAGCUGAUUACGCUUGGCCAGGUGACGUCUUAUAAUACAAUCCUAAAAUAAGAAAUACAUACAAUAAUAUGCAAUAAAUUCAUUUGAAACAUUCAUAGCAUUACAUUAGCACAUUUGACAUUCAGUAUUUAACAACGGAGUACUCCGUGAGCUUUCAUUUUCCUUUAUUCUCUGAUCAGAUAACUGUUCCGAUGAUACAAAUGAAAAAAACAUGAUGUUCCUAUUCACAAGACACAUUCUCUCUUUGGAUUGCAGCAUAGUGACAGAAAAUUAAAUUAAUAGGCAAUCAAAACAAAAAAUGAACAUCUGUUCAACAGUCCUUACUUCUUUCCCCACUUUUUUUACACACGCACGCACACGCACACACAAAACAUGAUCGCUAAUCUUUUGUGUUGAUAUGAAAUGUUUGUCAGUUGCUGCGAUAUUAAUGUCAAAUCAUAUUCAUCCCUUCGUAACAACGGAAAAACAAAGAUUGUAUUGCUUAUUUGCACUUAUGUUGACAACACACCAACACUUAAAUAAAAUAAAUACAAGCAAAAUGAAAAUUUUAGGUGCCCCCAAUAUGAGCCAAAAGAGUUUCCUGCAAAAUUAGAUGACACCUCUGAAUGUGGGCAAAGCAUGAAUGACCGUUUUUUUGUUUUUGUUUUUUUUAAAUGGCCACAAAUGGCUUUUGUGAAUUGCGAUGAUGUCAGUAAGAGACAUGUGACAAGAUUAAAUGUCAGAAUGACUGUAUGAAGUCUUGAAAACAUGCACGAGGGGGGGAGACACUUAAGAAAAUGCCGAUAUGAGAGGCGACAGAGACUCUCCACGCAUAUUCCUAUCCGGGACAUUUUUGCAGAAACAAUGUCAACUUCCUGGGAUUUUUUUUCCUGGUUAGGGUCGAUUUUGUUAAUACCUUCCAAGACCCAACACUCGCGCACAUACACAAACAUUUCCUCAUUUCCUUUAAGUCAUAAUUUGAUAAAAGCACUUCCGACCUAACCAUCUGAUACCUGCACUAACAACCUUAAAGUAACCAUUUGAUUACCUCCCUAACUUUUUUCCUCUUGAUUGCACCAGUUUUUUUUUUUUUUUUAAAUAAAAUGUUAAGAUUACACUUUUACUGCGGUUAAAAAAAA